AUGAGCAGGCGCGGACAAGAGGCCCCCUCGGUCAGCCAGUAUAAGAUCUUGGUCGUGGGUGACUAUGCCGUUGGAAAAACUGCCGUCAUCCGUCGCUACGCCCACGGGCAGUUCACCCCUCAGUACAAGCUGACGAUUGGUGUGGACUUUGCCAUGCGUCAUGUCACCCGCCCGAAGCCCGAUGGCACCGAGGAGAAUGUGCAACUGCAGCUCUGGGAUAUCGCCGGUCACGAGCGCUUCGGCACCAUGACUCAUGUGUACUACAAGUACGCGAUUGCCGCGAUCAUUGUCUUUGAUCUGUCUCGCUCGGCCACCUACGAUGCCGUGCUCAAG